CACACGGGAAGUUUAGUGUGAGGAGUGUGUGUGUGAGCGGGAGGCUUUAUGAGAUAUUUAUUGUGAUUUUUAUUGUGAUUUAUAAAGGUUUAAGUGCUGCUAUACGGUGAGAAGAAUGUCUGAUAAUGAAGAUAAUUUCGACGGAGAUUUCGAUGACGCGGAGGAAGACGAGGGUCUGGACGACCUGGAGAACGUAGAAGAUGAGGAUCAGGAGAACGUACAGAUUCUACCUGCAGGUGAGGGACAGCAGGCCAAUCAGAAGAGGAUCACCACACCCUACAUGACCAAGUAUGAGCGAGCGCGAGUACUGGGAACCAGAGCGCUGCAGAUUGCGAUGUGUGCACCAGUGAUGGUGGAGCUGGAAGGUGAGACGGACCCGCUGCAGAUCGCCAUGAAGGAGCUGAAGGGCAGGAAAAUCCCCAUCAUUAUUCGCAGGUACCUCCCUGAUGGGAGUUACGAGGACUGGGGCUGUGACGAGCUCAUCAUCACUGACUAACAUGUACAGGAGACCAACAGUGAAAUAUUAAUGUACAUUUCUCUCCACUAGAGGGAGCUAAAGGGCACGUUCACAUCCUCCAGCCUUAUUCUUUAUUGUGUAAUUACUUUUACUUUCUUUUAUUCUUGGACACAUUAAACCUUUUGUAAUAAACA